CCAACCCCGCCACUAUUGGCUGACGUCUGUCGUUUUUUUCCCCCCCUUUGAGCUACAGGAGGAGGAGGAGUUUAGAUCCGAGUGUCGGAGAAGAGUCGGAACAGCGUGUGCAUACCCGCCGACGCAGGUCUUGUUUUGGCGCAGCAUAGUAGUUUUCCUUGUAAAUAUAACGGUUUGGCUGUGUGUGCCCGUACCUGUCUGUAAGCCCGCCAUAACCGUUUUGUUUGUACACUACGUCCGGAAGGGAGCCGGAGCCGGAGGUAGAAGCAAGUCGAGAUCAGUCGCCGAAAUUCGCGGGAACGUCGCCGGGCAGUUGAGAGUCGGUAAAAAUGGAAGUGGCAGUAGCAGAGGAGAAAAGGAAGAUUUUCCGUGCAAGGAAAACUAUGAAGAUUAGCGAUCGGCAGCAACUGGAGACUCUUCACAAUACUUUGCUGACAGGAAAUCCACCCAUUUCCAAUCCGUCUCCCCCUCCAUUAGUGAAUGGCACACACAAAGAGGACGGUCGAAAAACCGUCGACAAAGAGCAAAAUGAAGCCAUGGACUCAAACUCCUCUCACGCUCCAUCACCUGUCUCCCUAGCUUCCCAAGGCUCUCCCAUUCCUUCCCUGUCCUUAAAUCUGUCCCCUUCCCCUUCUGCCUCACAAAGUCCAAAAGCCAAUGAGGAAAAUCCUUCCACAUCACCAUUCCACUCAUUAAACUUUGACCUAAAAAAGAUGGAGGAGGGCAAGAAAGAGUCUUUGUCAUCCCCAUCCAAUGAUGGCCCGGUGUCGGUUUCAACAGAGCCCAAGGAAGGACAGGAUAAAGGCAAGGAGCAGACCACAGGGAAAGUCAAGGCAGAAAAGAAAGAGGAACCACACCCUACAGCAGAGAAUAAGGUAAAAGAUUCAGCUUCACAGUCACCUGUCUUGCCUGCAAUAUCUGCCAAAAAGUCAGAGAAGGACCAUCGGACAGAGCCCAGAUGUGCAGAACCCAUGGAAACAAAUAGGGACACCAAGGAGGCCAAGGUCCCUGACGUUAAACCCAAAAGAAAAAUGGAAAAUGUUUCUCGUACUAAAGCUACGACUUCCUGCUCCCCUCGCUCCUCCUCUCCUACUUGUCCCUCCUCAUCCUGUCCAGUUCCAUCUUCUUCCAUGGUUCCAGAUCAGGAUGAGGGAAUUAAAGAUGAAGAGAAGGUGGUGGAGCUCAAGGGUGAACUGAAAGAAAGUAUGAAAGAAAAAGAGACUGUUGGAAAGGAAGAGUUGAAGAAAGUAUCCAAAGUGGAAAAAAUGGAUGUGGACUUGAAGGUGGAAACAAAAACUGAAAAAAAUAAACCAAGACAAUCUGCGCAAGCAUCUCGUCCCUCAUCCACUCCCCCCUCUGACACAGCGUCACAAGAAAAGAGCUCCACCUCGGGACUGAAGCGUACCUUGUCAGAAGGUGACGAGAAAAACAAACCGAAUAUAGAGCGGGAUGUAAAGAGGCCCAAGGUAGAAGGCAUGGCAUUGGAAGCUCAGCUGGAACUGAAAAUCACAGCAAAAGCAGGCAGUCGCCUUAAAGUUGAAAAGAUUGUACAGCAGUUGAUGGAGGAUCGGCUGAGGGUUUUGCAGUUUACAGUGUUUGACAAAAGUUUACAAGAGCUGAAAGACAGAGUAGAAAAGAUCGACUGUGCCACUAAACACCAGACAACCAUUAAAACACUACAAGCUAAGAUGGCUCGAUUGACAAAAAAGUUUGGAGAGGCCAAUCAGAUCUCUGAGAACACAAGAAAACAGGAUGCGCUCGUUACUGCUGCUGCUGCCGCUGCCGCUGCUGCUUCUACCAAGACUGCUGCUGCUGCUUCUACCAAGACUGCAACUGCUGCAAACACACCUCAGUCACAACGGCCAGUCCGGACUUCAAUGGAGAUAAAGCAGACUCCAGCAACCCUUGUCUCAACAAGUGGAACUGUGAUCCCACCCAUAGCUCAUCCGACCACCGUUCCAACCUCCACCGCCUUGGUGUCGCAGACACCCAUCUUGCAGCUGAUUACCUCCACCUCCAAUGCCGCACCCACCCUUGCUACUGGUAUCACCACCCAGAGUCCCACAGGCACCCUGCUGCUGAAGACGGCCUCUGGGAGCAGCAUGGUGGCCCAAGGCCAGCCACUACUUAUCCAGCUGCCUUUAUCAAUGGCCAACGGACAGACGGGGACACUUGUCAACAUUCCCGUUUCCUCUUUUCCUGCAGCCAACUCUCUCAAUAAGGCCAAAACCACCACUCCAUCCACCACCUUCAUACUUAAGCCAGCUCCCUCCAACACCACUCCAGCUGCCUCAAUGCCAGCCACUACAACUGUCCCAGCGCUCCAGACCUCCAGUGGUCAGAAUCCCCCCACCCAAAUUUCACUGGCUCGGGCUGUGUACCAGGGGGGUUCUGGAGGAAUAGGUACACCUAAUGCUGGAGUUUCAGUCACCACAGCCAGGACCCCAGCUCAUUCGGUUUCUGUAGCAGGAGCUAUGGCUUCUACCUCGUCGCCUGCUGCCUCUGGGCCUGCAGCAACAGGCUCCACUGCUCCAGUACCACCACAAGGGACAUCUAUGACCUCAAAGACAGACAACCAAGCUACAGGGUCUAAUCCAUCCAAAACCACUGCCCAAGUGACGCGCCCCAAAGGCGCCAUCAUUGACCUCACUGAUGAUGACGAUGAUGUACAAGUGAUGGGAGUGAAAAACGCUAGUACAGCAACACCUUCAGCUACCCAGCGUCCUCAGCCAGUGGUCAGCGUAACCAACAGUCUUGGAGCAAGGUCUUCUCCACAAAGUAAUCAGAAUUCUGCAAACAAUCCUCAACUGACAGUCCACCACCGCCCCUCAGUGGACUCCUCAGUGAAAUCCCGUGCUGGGCCCCCUACGACACCAACCCGGGCUGCUACCACUGCCCUACCCCCACUGCCCGCUGCACCCCCAGCCCCAGUUCGUCUAUCCCCAGAGGCAGCCCAAACCUCACCCCCUCAGCAGCCUCAGCUGAAACUGGUGCCAAGCCAGACCGGUAUAGUGCUGUCCUGGUGUGUGGUAGAAACGGAUCGAUCCUGUGCGGCUGUUGACAGCUAUCACCUUUAUGCUUUCCACCAGGACAACUCAAAUUCAAACCCCACAGCGCAGCAACACUGGAAGAAGAUUGGGGAGGUGAAGGCCCUUCCCCUGCCCAUGGCCUGCACCCUCACUCAGUUCCAGUCUGGCUCCACCUACCACUUUGCUGUCCGAGCCAAAGACAUCUACGGGCGCUUUGGGUCCUUCUGUGAGCCUCAGUGCACUAAUGUCAUCAAUUCCACUUCCAGCUGAGCCAAUGAGGAAUGGAAACAAGACAGUGUCACAGGAUAUUAACGUGACUUUAAUUAAUGUGUUCAUGUUCAUUAAACAGUUUUUGGCUUAACAGCUGGACCUUCGACUGAUUGGGAGGGCAAAGGUUUUCAUUUUGCCAAGUUGGAUGUUUGCUUUUUUUUUCUUUUCUUUUUUUUUUGACUGUUGUGUAUAAAUUAAAUACUUAGCCCCUUGGAAUUCAGAUAUUUAUGUUGUUGGUCUCUUGGUCUGACCUGAAUGACAUUUCUUUUACUGGACAGUAGGUGACUAGUAACCCAUGUUAUUUUGUUCAUCAUUUGCACAGAAAUGCAUAUGCGGUUGAAACUGGUGUUAAUUUUUGUAUGUUUUGUCUGGUAACCAGACUGACAAAACCAAUAAAAGUUUUUUUCAUUGGAAUGUGUGCAUGUGUGUGCGCACGUGCGUGUGUGAGAGAUUUCAUAUUGUUUGAGUGUCCUUCAAAUCUUACUGCCGUCACUGACGUGAGCUUUAAAGGACACCUUAAAUGGAACAAAAAAAUGUACUCCAAUCUAACCCU